GUGCAAAGUGCUUCUCUUCCAGACUGACUUUAAUAUUUAACUGUGUGCGGCUGGUGCCUGACCAUCGAGGAGGAGGAGGAGAGACGUGUUUAACAUAUCACAAGUCAAAUGGAGAAAUGCAUAUUUUAGAAGUGAGACAUUUGCUAUGCUAAAGGAGCCGCACACUUGUCAAAGGGUCUUAAGAUGGUUGGAUACUCAGAAGGCAUAUUCAUUGAAAGUUUAUGGUGCUUCAAGGAAUAUACUCAAAAAGUAAGGCUUUUUGACUACAACAGUGUUUUUUGCUGCUAUGGGCAGUGGCAGCAGUAAGAGCAAAAGAAGAGUCAUCAGCCAACAGCCUCUGCAUCCUACAGAGAUACCCAAAGGAGAAAGUACCACACAGGAGAAAGUUGUCUACGAGCAGAAAGAAAGGGAUCAAGAGAAGACACCAAAGGCCACCCAGCCGGCUUUGGAAACAAAAGGCAGUAGGCGUCCUCCAAAUGACCCAGAUCUACAGCUACUAGAUGACAUGCUGACCGAGUCUGAGGAUUGCUUGUCUUGGCAGGAUCCCAUACUUAAAGGACAGAAGAUGACAAACUCUUCCCGUUUUGAGUCGCUGUCGCCAGGCCAAGAAAAUCCAAGACCAGAUAAAGAAGUUCCAAGGUUGCUACGCAUCACACCAGACGUGCACCCAGCGUCCUCUGAGAGUGAGAAAACCCAAAAUAUAGACGAUAUCUACAAGAAAACAGUUCCAGGAACCAGAUGCAUCUUUGACAUUGAAAACAACAAUUUAUCCAAGCAGCUACACAAGUCUCCUGUCCAUAUGGAGGCACAAAGCCCUAUUGCAUAUGAUGAUACCGAGGAAGCCCUGAUGGACAGCAUUGAACAGGAAUACUCACAACUCCAAGCCAUUCCCCCAGUGUGCUGUAAAAAAAUGUGAGAGCAGAAGCAAGAGACAAUGGAAUGGAAAAUAAGUCUGAAAUCAAACUCUCUACUCCAACACCUGUCCGGUCUGCUUUUUGGAUGCCAGUCGGUCUAUUAUUAUCUAUAAUGUUAUCUCUUAUGCAAUGGUGUUGGCAAGAUAAGUUGUCACUAGAGAACAUUGUCUUAUUGUGUUACUAUCUACAAGUGGAUCUGCAAGGGGAUGUUUGAAAACGUCUUCUGACUACACUUACCACAAUGGGGUGCAACCCAGUAAGUCCAAUACCAUGAGAUCCAUAGGCUGGACCAGCAAGACAGGAGGAAGAAUUACAGCAUAGACUGAAAAUGUUUUACUUCUCUUUCGUUAAUAUAUGUAUAGGCCUGGUGAAGAUAUUUUGAUAACACUUUAUGACACAGGGCCAAAAUUUUUCCUUUUUAAAUGGGAACUCCGGUGGAAACAAGUAGAAAACAAAUGUUUUCAGAUCAUCUGGUGCCAGAAAGUUAAACAGA